GCGAAGGUGCUGCCCAGCGACAAAAAAACGCAAUACCUCCUGAAAAACUAAAGGCAGUUGCAUGGCAUUGCGGAACGGGGGGCGACUGCGAUGGAGACUCAGGACAUGGAGCCGCUCGUUCCCGGGUACGAGGAGCCACAACCACCAACCACUGCGGGGAUGGCACCACCGAAAACAGCUUCCCGAACAGAGUCGGUCGUCGCUGCAAACGAGGGGCUUGCGGAAGGUUCAGCGUCAAACACGAGGGUUGCAUCGUUGCAGCAGACAUCAAUCAAGAGAUGGGUGGACAAUGAUGCACAGAAGAAGCUGGAUAUUGCGUGGGCGGAGGCAAUGUUCCGUGCUGGCAUUGCGUUUAACUUCCUGAACUUUGACACGACGCAGAAGCUCCACGAGGUUUACUUGGAAGUGGCAAAUGCGCGACCGAAGGUCAAGCUGCCCUCGUACAAGCAUAUGAGGACCUUCGGGUCAGUGUACAUGAUGUUGGAGAGGCUGCUCAACAGGAAGGCAGUGUUGUCCGAUAUGGUGGAUCGAAAAAAUGCAGCACGGUGGACAGGGAUCCGUUGGUCCACUGCAAAGUUGAAGUCGAAAGUGGGUCUGCUUUACUUCACCAUGAGGAGAGACGGCUGGUGGACGAAGUUGAAGAAGGUGGUCGAUGUGAUGAAACCAUUCUACAGCCUUCUCAGGAGGAUGGAUCAGGAUGGAACAUCGUCGACAAACCUUAUGGAAUACGACGACCUGAUUGAAAGGAAACUGGCUCACGUGGUUCUCACUGACGAGCGGCGGGCGAGCGUCAUGGAGAAAGCCAGAGAUCGGGUGAAGAUGAUGCGGCAGCCAGUACAUGCACUGGCGUUUCUUCUGGACCCGUGCAGGAGAAAUCCACGGUGGCUCUAUGAUCGGGACAGUGAAAUUGUGCAGAACGCGAUGCUUUACCUGCAGAGACAGGCCAUUGCCAUCAAAGUGAUGGGCAUGUGGAGUACAGCAACCCCGACGGAGAGGAAUUGGGCGUCCAUGGACUUCGUGCAUUUGAAAAGGAGGAACAACUUGAAGCCCGAAACAUUGGACAAGCUGGUGUACAUCCAUUGGAACAUGCAACUACUGCGUGCUGCCAACAACAGCGGUACCAAGGGCGAGGGCUAUGUCGAUCUGUGGAGUUCGUUCUUCGAGGCUAUUCCAGAGCCAGACGAGAACGAUGGAUCUGUCUUGAGGGGCCCCGAGGAAGAAACUGAGAAGACGGAUGAGGAGCUGGUGUGGCAAAGCAGCUUCGUGAAGCCACCGAAAAGGAUUCCAAAGAAGCUUGAGGACAAAGAGGACGAGUGCACCGACGACAGUGAUCUGGAUGAUGAGUUGUGGACGGGGAGGGGUGGAUUGUCGGAUGAGACGAGCGACGAGGAGGAGGAGGAGGACGAAAGUGAUUCCGAUUUUGAGCUGGGAGCCCAACCAUCGGUCCCGGGCACGACUUAUGUUAGUAGGAGAGAACCUGCACGGCGUCGGAGGGAGAACCAGCCCGCGGUCUCUACGCAGGUCCGGGGGGAAAGCUCCUCCCGAUACCAUCCUCAGCCCGACGUUGAGUUCCAUCACAUGGACACAGACAUCGAGUUGCUGCUGCAAAGUCGUCUGAUUGAUGAAGAUGAGGCGGAGGCCAACCGUGCAAAGGCAUUAGCAGAUCGCGAUAAAGAUGCCGUCCAAAAACGGAUCAUGGAAGAGGAUGCCCGACGCGCAGCAAUCCCAACCCGGAGGGAGAUUGAGAGACACAAGAAGAAGGUUGGGGAGAAGGAACCGGAGACACGUCGGUCAUUGGACGUUGUGCAAGAGCAAGAAGAGGAAGAGCAACAGCAAGAGGUGGACCAGCAAGAGGCAGACCACCGCAAAGAGGAGGACAAGCAAGAGGCGGACCAGCAAGAGGCGGAGCACCACAAAGAGGUGGAGGAGAAGGGCCAGCAAGAAGACAAGGGCGAUAUGGACCACGCACAAGAGCCGGAGAUGGAGCACGGAGAAGAGGACGAGGAGAUGAAGUAUGAAGAGGACGAGGAGGGGAUGGAGAGUCAAGGAGUGGAGGAGGCCAUGGAACAGCAAGAUGACGCGGAGGGCAUGGAUCCAGAGGACCUGCAACACAACAUGGAUGACGAGGACGCCGAAGAGGAGCACCAGCCUGCAAUGAAGACUGUGUACACGCGUAGGCCACGACCGGUUUUGUCCGCACAGUCUGUCGAGAACUCACCCGACUUCCCUCACAGCAAUGAGGUUGUCCAACAUGACAACCUGUGGGUAAGCAGGGUGGGGAGGAAGAGGAAGGAACCGGUGGAGGAUGCUGCUGCGAAGCCUAAGCGUGCUCGUGGCAGGCCCCCAAGCUGAAAACCGCUGAACCCGGUGCAAAAAAAAAAUAAAAAAUCGUCAGCGCAAGGCUCGCG